GUUGAAUCGUCUGCAAUCUUGUCACUCAGUAUACUCUUUCUGGAAAAUAAAUCUGCUGCCUGUCAUGUACCUUUCUUCUCCCAGCGUGGCGCCGUCGAGGUAAUUCGCGUCGCUUGCAAACACUGUUGUGGUUGUCGUGUUUGGAAGCAAGAUUUGGCACUAUUUCAAGGUUUUACUUUGGUGCACAAACCACUUGGAUCUGCUAUUCUGAGUACUUCUAGCACCAUUUUCUUCAUAGCCGUAGUGUGAGGAUGGUGUGCACCCCGACGAAACCCGACGCGAUUGCGUUGCAGUCGCCGGAAAUUUCUUCGCAGCUCCGAAGCGCCCCGCCGGAUUCAGCAAAGAAAGAUCGUGAAGAAGUUUCAAGUAGAAGGAGUGCGCCGCAAGUAGUUGAAGAACCGGCCGCGAAACGACCGAGGAAAGACGAAAGCGAGUUUGCAGACGCCAAUGCCGAUGCUGACGGUGACGUCACUGGGACAGCACCUGCUCCUCCUUCCGCGAAGCGGGGCAAGUGGCAGAAUCAGUUCGAAGACCAGGCGCGCGAGGCUUUGGACGUGCUAAGCCAGGUUCUGGUCAGUUACAGAGCGACCAGAUCCUCGUCUUCCAGGUCUACCUGUGCUGCGGUGCAAGUUGGGGGAAAGCUGGCACCAGUACCGAAGCCGGUAAAAAGUGCGGGUUGUAUUCAUGAGAUGAACCAGGGGAGUAGCAAUAGCGGCGCUCAAGAUGAAGAGAUCCCGGCGGCGGCUCAACAUCCUCCGUCGGAAGGAAAUGGAGAUCAAAGCAACAAUCAGCUUCCAGGCAAGGAUGCCGUAGUGGCUGCCAUUCCCCGGGACGAAUCCUCGAAGGAAGAUUUUGUCGCGGCCGGGUCGCAGCCCGGAACAGCCCUGCCGGCAGGCGCAGUGACGGAAGAAGGUGGUUGUACAGGAGCAAGUUCUUUGCUGCCGGUUUCUGCGUCUUGUUCCAUAGCGGGGCCCACCGUUGCCGCCAGCAGUUCAUCCACUUCGUCGAAUACUGGUACCAAGGGCGCGAAAGUAGUUACUUCGACGUCCAGUGGCGAACAGUCCUCCGCUUCCUCGCAGCUUCCCAGUGCUGCGUUGCUGGAGCUGCUAAGGUCCGUGUUUCCGGAGUCCGCGGCACUACCUUACGGAGCGCGACACCAAUCCCACCACGAGGUUUUGUAUCCAGGGGGGAGUGGAGUUUGUCAUCUCGAUUCCGCCGCAAAAAAGUUUAACAUCGACCGCUCCAACCAAGGCUUGCGAAAGCAAGACAAUGGCAAGGAACUGCUGCAUUGGGCUUGCGUACAACAGCAGUAGAGAUUUAUGUGCAAAUCAGAAAGACGCCUGAAGAUCAUUCUGUUUUAGUUUUUUAGAAGAAUCUGCUUUUCUUGAGCGACAAGGCUUGCCUUGCACAAAACCCAAAGUGUGGGAGAUCUGAUCCAGACUGCAACCGCGCUGCUGGUGGCUAAUGGAAAGGACCUGGCGCGCCGUAUUUCCUGUGGUUUGGCUGUGAAGACGGAGAUGGUGAUGAUGAUAAUGAAUCUUACUUCUGCAUCAAAGUGCACCACUAGCGACAUUGUGUCAAAAUAUGCUGGUGUGAUAAUUGAAUCGAUUUAUUGUUCAACAAACCUCCAGGCGUCGAAGUGUGCGAGAAGUUCCGCGCUGAUGCCGCUCAAAGCCUGCAGUGGGCGGCAGAGAGGAAAAACGAAACCUUAGCCGAAGAGGCCACGACGCAGGACAAACUGGGGGACGCGCAGCGACGCUUCGUCAAACACGAGCAGACGCUGCAGCACUGCCGCGCGGGGCAGAAAGCCGCAGACGCGCAGCUUGCGGCGAGUCGGGAGAAGUAUGGGUUGCAAUGCAAAAGUCUUCUGUACUGUUAUAAGAAUUUUUGCAGAUCAUAAGUAAGUACUUGAGCUUUUCUUUCUCGUUGGAGGCAAAAAGGUGAUGCAAAGUCAAUUACGAGCAGGACCAGGAGCACAGAAAAGGCCUUUGAAAAAUGCAUACGAAGCUCCGGAGCCUGCAGGAGGUGCAGCAGUAUGGCGCCGAGGUUUUCACCGGAAGGGGACCAGCGGCUGCCUGUGCCGACGAAGCCCAACCGGAUGAUUGCAGCUGGAAGAAUAACAGUGGAGAGAAGAAAAACGAAGAAAAACAACAGCCUGCUCUUGCUGUACCCGAAGAAAUAAAUCCCGAAACUACAAGCGGAAGCAACAGCGGCGGAGCUGGUGUGAAUCUACCCCCGUCUGCUCUGGAAGCCAGAAAAGCAAAGGCACAAGCCACGUUGGUCGAAAUUGGCGCGGACAAGAGUCUACGGGAAGCGUUGCAGAACCCAAGGGGCGCGUUUUUCGAGAAAGCCUAUGAGCAAGCACAAGGUAUCAGAUGUGAAGAACACAUUGAGGUAGGAACAAGAAGUACCAGUAGGGCGCUAUUACAAAAUAGAUACUUAUUUCUAUUUGUGAUUUAUGCGACUUCCUAGAGCGUAAUGGAGGAACCGUUUUACCACAAGACUCCAUAUUUUUACUUGGGGCGGAACUGCAAAUAGAUGUUGUCGCUGCGACAUAAAAGCACUUGAGUUUCCAGUUCUGUCCAUCUGAUACCAUGCCUGCUGGCAGCCGAAGUAGUGAAACUCGAGGGGAAAGUCGAGCAGGAUAAAGCCGCUGUCAACAUGCGAAGGGAGAUGGCCACACGUAUAUUUUCAUCUUUUUUUAUUUUGUUUCUUGCCGCUGUCACGCUUUUUUUGUAUCGCUUUAGCGCACUACUUAAGUGAACUACUUAGGGGAACUACUUAACCGAACUACAUAACCACUUACGCGAAGCACUUAAGCGAAGCACUUAGGCGAAGCACUUAGGCGAAACACUUAGGCGAAACAGUUAGGCGAAACACUUAAGCGAAGCACUUAAGCGAAACACUUAAGCGAAACACUUAAGCGAAGCACUUAAGCGAAGCACUUACGCGAAGCACUUACGCGAAGCACUUAGGCGAAGCACUUACGCGAAGCACUUAAGGGAAGCACUUGAGCGAAGCUCUGAAGCACGCCACUAAUGCACACCACUGAAGAGAAGGACUACUGAAGGGGCGCACGACGUAAGCGGCGCACUACUUAAGCGGCGCACGACUUAAGCGACGCACUACUUAAGCAGUAGCGCACCACUUAAGCGAAGCACGGCUGGAACAACGCACUGCUUACGCGAAGCACGACUCAAGCGAAGCAGCUCGCCUGAAGCAAAGCUAAAGCACGCGCUAAGCGAAGCAUUCAAGAAGCGAAGAUGAAGCACUUGAGCCACGGCCGCGGUGCUUUUCGUUUAUUGAAUCGAUUUAUGCGCUGCCGCACGCGAAAAAAAAACCUGAAACUCAGGCGUGGAAGAGCAAAUUGAGGAGGCCCGCGCCGAGCAGGACCAGUUGCAGUCCGACCUGGACGUUUUAUCCCGCAAAAACGAGCUGAAUUUCCUCGCUUUGCAGCAGGCGAAAGCCACGCUCGACCGCUACGACACUCAACUGCAGGAAUUGCAAACCCGGAAGAAAAAGCACGCCGAGCAGCGGGAAGCCUUUGACGCGAAAACGGUAACGGUUUUCGACUACCUGCGCUCGCGUGGCCGAGUCGGCGGGCAGGCGCAGAAGGCCACGCCCCGGAGCGCCUUGCGGAAGAAGGGACAGAAGACACCGGGCCAGACGCCGAAAUCGGUCGGGAAAGUUGCUUGGUUGUAAUGCAAGAUACAUAUCCUCUCAUAGCAUGGUGUUUGUCAUGCAAGACACCCUUCAGAACAUGGAAACUCCAACGCCAUACAUCAAAACAGGUCCACUGGCCAGACCAGCAGUCGCGGCAGUCGUUGGUGCAAAAGCUGAUGAGCCCGGUGCGGCGAACGCUGAAGCGGUUGUCUGGCGGCUUGCUGGACUUGGAGAAAAGCAGCCACCCGGGCGCGAAGCGACAGAAGGUGGAUAAGAAAAAGUCGGAGAAUGAUGGUUCGGAAAGUGGGAAAAAUGUGAAGCACAACAUCAAAGAAGAAUUUCACUACACGCCGGAACCAAGCGGCAGCGAGGAGAAGCCCCUGUGGAAGAAGCGACACGAGCACGGGGGGCUGUUGCCGGACGAGCACUCCGAUGACACUUUUUGACGUCACUUAGGAACCUUUGAAAUUUCACACCAUUGUCUGACGCAGCGCAAAUGUAUCAGCGGUCGUGUUAAAGGUCAUCGCGGCGCAAACGACCACGGGCAGUUAUCAAGACAUUGAGUCGUUUUUAGUGUUUGUCUUUUUUCUCAGGAAUCUCCUGGGACAUCGAGAGGACAAGAGAGCGAGAAGACUGAAGCUGCGUAAAGAAAGCAUCUAGCGUCCGCGAGCUUUUUUCUGAACGGAUUUUGCCGGCCACAUACGAGAGCGGGAAGUGUAGC